AUGGAUCAAUGGAAAACCAACGGCGAUUCAUCUGAAACCAGACAAAGGGAUGAUGUGAAGGCUGAUGAUGCAAAAUCUGCAAGAAACGUCCAAAAAGCAGAUCGUGAGAAAUUGAGAAGAGAUAAGCUAAAUGAGCAAUUUCAGGAGCUAGGAAAUAUACUAGAUUCAGCUAAGAAUGAAAAGGCUUCCAUACUUACUGAUGCAAUCCAAGUGCUCAAGGACUUGACUUCAGAAGUUAGCAAACUAAAGACAGAGCAUACAGUACUUCGUGAAGAAUCAUGUGAGCUGACACAGGAGAAGAACGACCUCAGAGAAGAGAGAGCGUCUCUGAAAUCCGACGUUGAGAACCUCAAUGCUCAGUAUCAGCAAGGUUUAAGGUUUAUGAUUCCAUGGGGUGCUGUUAAUCCUUCGAUCAUCAUGGCACCACCAUUUUCAUAUCCAGUUGACCCUCUACCAUUUCCUCCUGGUCCAAUUCCCAGGCAUCCAAUAAUUCCGCCAUUUCCCAAUCCCAAUCCCAUUUCAUCAUAUAUUCCAUAUCCAACUCACUUCAUUCCCCAGCUCGACCAGACAACCACCUUAAAUGCAUCAACAUCUUUUAUCUCUAGCAGACAAGAUUCCAUAAGCAGGAUAUCCGAUCAAUGUAGAAGUAGCACCAGCCAGAAAGUUGUGGAUUCUAACAAUGUCGUAACAGAUCUGGAACUUAAAAUACCAGGAUCAACAGUUCAGAAGGAGGUGUCGUCAGGAGAGAAGAAUGGCAAGCAACCAAUGAGUGCUGAGAAAAAGCUUUACAAAUGA